CAAGCUGCUUGGUAAAUGAAGUUCAUCAGGUCUGUGGUUUAACUAUCAGCGAUUCUCACGGAGCUCUUUGUAAAACUGCAUCUCCCAGAAUUCCUGCGUGCACUCACCAGUGAUAGUCGCGUGUGGAGGUUCGUAUGUGCUGUCUAACGGGGCUGUCAAAUGGAUAUUGUUCUUUCAGCAAGUUAAUACUUCAACGCUGCACUGAGUCCGAAAAAGAUUUGAGAAUGGGGUCUCGAAUCAAGGACAAGCCUAAGAAGAUCUUUGAGGCUUACAUGGAGGUGAUCUCCUCUGAGACAAAAGGGCCAGAGAUGUGUUGGCUUUUCCCCGAGGACUAUACUGACCAGGAAACUUUGCAGAUUGUGCCUAAGUUUUGUUUCCCUUUCAGGAUGGACAGUGUGGCAGUGAGACAGGUGGGGAACAACUUCACAUUUGUCCUGACUGAUGUUGAGAGUAAGCAGCGCUUUGGCUUUUGCCAACUAUCGGAUGGAGCUCAGAGCUGCUACUGCUUUCUCAGUUAUCUGCCAUGGUUUGAAGUGUUCUACAAACUGCUGAAUAUGCUGGCUAACUACACUAAUAAAGGACAGGAGAGUUUAAAGAAGGAAUUGUUGGAGUCUCUACAUGCUUUGCCCAUUCCUGACCCGGGAAUGUCUGUAUACCUGAAUAUGCAGACCUGUUUCACUGUGCCUGAUCUGAGGGAAUUGCCAAGUAUUCCUGAAAAUAGAAACCUGACAGAGUAUUUUGUAGCAGUAGAUGUAAACAACAUGCUCCAUCUGUACGCAAGCAUGCUGUAUGAACGAAGAGUCCUAAUCAGCUCCAGCAACCUGAGCACUUUAACAGCAUGUGUCCAUGGUGCGGCAGCCAUGUUGUAUCCCAUGUACUGGCAGCACGUUUACAUCCCAGUGCUCCCACAGCAUCUACUAGACUACUGCUGUGCUCCUAUGCCGUACCUUAUAGGAGUCCACUCCAGCCUGAUGGAGAAGGUGCGGGUAAUGGCUCUGGAUGAUGUUGUAAUUCUAAAUGUGGAUAGUAAUACACUAGAGACUCCAUUUGAUGAUCUACAGAACCUUCCUAAUGAUGUGGUGUCAACUCUAAAGAAUCGUCUGAAAAAAGUUUCCACUACAAUGGGAAAUGGGGCAGCACGAGCGUUUUUGAAAUCACAGGCAGCUCUGUUUGGCAGCUAUAGGAGCGCUCUACGGAUAGAACCGGAUGAGCCAAUUACAUUCAACGAGGAUGCAUUCAUCACACACAGAUCCAACACAAUGAGACAGUUUCUCCAGAAUGCCACGCAGCUUCAGCUCUUCAAACAAUUUAUAGAUGGACGCUUGGAACUGCUGAACUCUGGUGAAGGUUUCAAUGAUGUGUUUGAGGAGGAGAUUAAUAUGGGAGAAUAUGCUGGUAGUGAUAAAGUGUACCAUCAGUGGCUUCUCACAUUUAAGGUUGGUGUACUUGUUUUUGCGUGUCUCGGUUUUCUGUAUCAGUAUAAUAAUAAUAAUAAUAAUAAUAAUAAUAAUAAUAAUAACCUUGCAUUUCCCUCACAGAAAGGGGGCGGGGCCAUCUUUAACACUGUGAAAACAAAAGCAAACCCUGCUAUGAAAACUGUCUACAAGUUUGCAAAGGACCAUGCCAAGAUGGGCAUCAAAGAAGUGAGGAGUCGUCUUAAGCAAAAGGAGAUGACAGAGAACAGCCACUCCGGCAGCAGAGAUGACUCUACCUCCACCUGGGAACAGAGACGACCAAUUACAGUGCACCUUGGACAGUCUUACCAUCCCUGGGCGCUAGCAGCAAAAAGACCACGCAGCAACUUGGAACUUGAGAGCAGUCAUGAACAUGAUUCUAGCUUUAUGCACCCUACACGUCACUACACUGUGUUUCUGUGCGAGGACUCUUCUGGUGAUGAGCUGUCGCAGGACGAUGACUUCAUCUCUGCUUUUCCUGAUCACUUCCUUCUCUCCACACCCUUUCAAUGGUCUCAAUCUUAUCAGUCUCUGAAGGACACAGAGCUUGUGGAAAAGAAAGAGGAAGCGAGGACAACGUGUUUCCAGGGAAGACCAGCCGUGCAUGGGCCGAUACAUACCAAGUUAUCUGAGCUGAGUCUUUUAGAUGAUUCUUUCAGCAACCAGCAGGAGAAGCCUACAUAUGCCUUACAUACGAUAACCACAGACACCGUGCUCGACUCAGGACAGCGCCUAGAGGAACCAAGUCCGGUCUGCAAGCCGAUUGAACAGCAUGGCAACUUCGGCCACCAGCACAUGGAGCUCAGUGGUGAUGAAAAUACUCAGACGCUACUGGGCCUGAAGCACACCAGUUACAACAGAUUUUGGAGGCAGAAGUUACCAGACACUGUAGCCUUUUCCAGCCAAGAUUUGUCCUCUUUUAAUACGCCAUUGUCUGUGCUACCACUGGAGCCCUGCACUCCCGGCAACGAUAGAGCUUCCCCUGGCCCAGAGAUGAUGGAGGAAAGGAGUAUAACAAUUCCUCGCCCACAAGCACAGAAAAAAUUAAGAGAACCAGGAGCUGUGCUUUCACCAACAGUGACUUUGCUGAAAGGUCUGAGACAGGAUGAAAAAGAGGGGGCAGAAAGUGUGAAAAGGCAGGUGAUUCACCAGACCCUCAAUACACCCCCACUGACACAGUCUCAACCACCCAGCACAGAUCCAGGGCCUGACCUGCUCCACCUGCUAGACCCUCUAAGUGGAGGAGAAGAACCCUAUGAACCAUCACGUCCCCCGCGGCCUGCUUUGACUCCAUUUCAAGGCCAGCGUUCUCUUAACCCCUUCACACAGGUCCCCCACUACUUCCUCCAAAAAUACUAUAACCCUGUGCCUCCAGACAACACCUUCAGCACUGCUUACUUGUCACCACAAACUACUGCCUAUUUCCAUACCCCACCUGUCUUUAUGUUUAGUCAGGCUUCCCCUGUGGGUGGAGCCACGAUGAACGGGGCAUGGCCUGUAGACAGAGCCUCACCAGCCUCCAGCAGUAGCACCUCUCUAUACAGUCUGAUUGAUUCUCCAGCCCCAUCCUGUCUAUCCCAGGUUCUACCCCCCACCCACCUGGCAGACAAACCUAAUGACCCUUUCAGUGACCUUCUCACCAUGGCAACAUCAUCCACUGUUAUAACCACACAAACAAAAAGGAAAAUGGAAGAUUUGCAUAGAAAAUGGGAGACUUUUGACUAACCUACCUGACUUGUCUCUGAACCAAUAAAGAUCUAUUAUAUUUAAACAGACAA